CACUUUUUCCCCGGUGUUUUAACUUUCGGGACCAGGGAGCAGGAAUAAAGCUGCGACAUCAGUACAGAGAAACCCUGCGUGCUUGCAGCUGCUGCGUGCUAACAGACUUCCCGCCAGCGCCCAGCGGCCGGCCCGGGGGCCAAGUGGAGAGCGGGCGGGCAGGUGGCCCCGGGCCGCCUCACCCGCGCCUUGGCUCUGCCCCCGGGAGCCGAGCGAGCCGCGGCUCCCUCGUGGUGUGUGAGGGCGGUGAUGUUUUUCCUCCCACCCACUUCUGAGUCCCCCCUCCCCCCUCGCGCGCACUCUAGCUCUCGCCACAACCUGCGAGCCCCAGAUCUCGGAGGAGCGUCCCGGAGAGCUCGGAGCUUGUGCACGCGUGACAGACGGAGGAGGCCAGUGCCCAGCAUGAGUCCAGUGGGCCUCAAAGGUUCUGAGCUGCGUUUUUCUGUGGUCCAAGUGAGGAAGAAGUGGAAAAUGGGAGGCAUGAGUUAUAUCUUUUCCUUGUUGUUGUUCUUUCUUUUCCUAGAAGGAAGCAAAGCAGAGCAAGUGAAACAUUCAGAGACAUAUUGUGUGUUUCAAGACAAGAAGUACAGAGUGGGUGAGAGAUGGCAUCCCUACCUGGAACCUUACGGGUUGGUUUACUGCGUCAAUUGCAUCUGUUCAGAGAAUGGGAAUGUGCUUUGCAGCCGAGUAAGAUGUCCAAACCUCCAUUGCCUCACUCCUGUGCAUAUUCCUCAUCUGUGCUGCCCUCGUUGCCCAGUUGUCCUUUUUCCCUACCCUGUUCCAGAAGACUCCUUACCCUCAAUGAACAAGGUGACCAGCAAGUCAUGUGAGUACAAUGGGACCACUUACCAACACGGAGAGCUGUUCAUGGCUGAAGGACUCUUUCAGAACCGGCAACCCAAUCAGUGCACUCAAUGCAGCUGUUCGGAGGGGAAUGUGUAUUGUGGUCUCAAGACUUGCCCCAAAUUAACCUGUGCAUUCCCAGUCUCUGUUCCAGAUUCUUGCUGCCGGGUGUGCAGAGGAGAUGGAGAACUGUCGUGGGAACAUUCUGAUGGUGAUAUCUUCCGGCAACCUGCCAACAGAGAAGCAAGACAUUCUUACCCUCGUUCUCACUAUGAUCCUUCACCAAGCCGACAAGCUGGAGGUCUGCCCCGUUUUCCAGGGUCCAGAAUCCACCGAGGAACUCCUAUUGAUUCCCAGCAAGCAUCAGGGACCAUUGUGCAGAUUGUCAUCAACAACAAACACAAGCAUGGACAAGUGUGUGUUUCCAAUGGAAAGACCUAUUCCCAUGGCGAAUCCUGGCACCCAAACCUUCGGGCGUUUGGCAUUGUGGAGUGUGUGCUGUGUACUUGUAAUGUCACCAAGCAAGAGUGUAAGAAAAUCCACUGUCCUAGUCGAUAUCCCUGCAAGUAUCCUCAGAAAAUACAUGGAAAGUGCUGCAAGGUGUGUCCAGGUAAAAAGGCAAAAGAUCCCUCCAGUCUAGUACAUUCAGCUCUUGGAGAGGAGAGAGUGGUGGUGCAGGAUGAUUCUUCAGGAUACUGGGAGAACUUUGAGCAUAUUACAGAAGAACUUCCAGGCCCAGGCUUUGACAGCAAAGGCUACUUUUGUGGAGAAGAAACAAUGCCUGUAUAUGAGUCUGUGUUCAUGGAAGAUGGGGAAACUACCAGAAAAAUAGCACUGGAGACUGAGAGACCACCUCAAGUAGAAGUCCACGUUUGGACCAUUCGAAAGGGCAUCCUCCAACACUUCCACAUCGAGAAGAUCUCCAAGAGGGUAUUUGAGGAGCUCCAUCACUUCAAGCUGGUAACCAGGACAACCUUGAAUCAGUGGAAGAUAUUUACUGAAGGAGAAGCUCAAAUCAGCCAGAUGUGUUCAAAUCGUGUGUGCAGAACAGAACUUGAAGAUUUGGUCAAGGUUUUGUACCUGGAGAGAUCUGAAAAGGGCCACUGUUAGGCAAGACAGAGAGUACUGGAAAGGGUAAAGCAAGAAAACUUAAGCUGCAGCUGGACUGCAGGUUUAUUUUGCUUAAGUCAACAGUGCCCUAAAACCCCAAACUCAAAUGCAGUCAAUUAUUCACGCCAUGUACAGCAUAACUUGCUCCUUUAUGUGGAAUGGUGUGUCAGCCCUUAAACAUCUCCUCCAAGGAGACUGGACAAGUCUUGAAUGAUUUGUGGGAGGAGGAGGAGCAGGGACAGAACACCACAACACGGCUCUAGUUUCUUGGAAGAAUCACAUUUCUUUACAGGUUAAAGAGCAAGCUAAACCCCCAGAGUUUCUAUCUAAAAAGCCAUUCAAAUGAAAGAAAGAGAAAGAAACUGCUUAGGAGGAGUUCUCAAGUUCAGAGCAAUGAUCUGUAUGAAAUUACAGUCUGAAUUCUAGAAUGUUUUGUGUUCUUAAAAAAAAACUAACUCCCCAUCCACACUUGUACACACACACAUGCACGUGCAUACAUACACACAUAUGCAUACGUGCACACACAUUAAACUACAGCCUCCAGUCAGAACUAAAACCAGUCUAGGCUGUAGCUUUAUGCUUCUUUCCCUUAUCUCACUCCCAAAUAUCUUGGAAGUUGUUGGUGACCAGCAGAAUAAAUUUAGAAUGUGAUCAGAAGGCUAUGCUCAUAGGUCUUUGCUGCGGCUGUUGAAGUCACUCACUAGUGGAGACUCAGAAUGUAAUUUCCUGGAACCACCUACUUCAAAGUGGUAACUAUAUUUUCCAUAAUGAGACCAUUUCUCUUUUCUCCUUAAGCCUAUGGGGCCGCUGUAAGUCAGUGAGAAAUGGAUACAAUUUUCUGAAACCGAAUUUAUAAGAGAAAGUAAGCGUUGAAGAAACAAAUUGAUGAAAGUCAAAAGGCCAUCUUUUCAUGUCAAUAAAACUUACCAAUUAAUAGAUCAGUACUCACUAAUUUCCUUAAGGCAUUGUUGUCUAGCAGAAUAUUUGAAGUACAGAAGCUCCUUAAAAAGACAUCUUUCCUUCUUCUCUACUUACAGGAGUUUAUUUUUACUUUGUAAGAGGGAUUACUCUUUCGGAGUUUCUGGAAGUUGGAUCUGUGAUUAAGAGAGUUAUUGCUCAUUUAAAGAGCUGGGGAUACUGAUUAAGAAUUAAAUAUUUAUCUAGAACUAUUUUACCACUCUUGCUCUAUCCACAAAGCUUAAGUUUGAAUCAGAGAUCCCAAGGAAGAAUGCAUCUGGAAGGUAUCUAUAGUCCAAUACUGGAGCAUAAACGAUCCAUUGUGAGGUGUGGCUUCAGAAUCAUAGAAAUCUGUAGAUUCUUCAUCAGAAGGGUCUCAAGCCUGCCUUCUGCAUUUGGACGAUCUGAGGAAGACAAACAAGUUCUAGAGAGUAGUUAGAAAUAUUAAGGAGCUGGAAGGCCCUGGUUUCCUGUUGUAUGCCCCUGACUGAGAGAACGUUGUCCUGAGAUCACGUGACAUAAAGCUGGCGAAAAUGUUAAGAGGUCUGGUCUUUACGGCCAUCUGGCAUAAAGGAAUCAGUUUUCACAAAGGAGAUACAAGGUCUGUGGCCAGGACUGCUUGGAACAAGGCUCUCACCAUUCCAUUGCACACAUUUCUCCUCAGGAGAGGGAGGUGUCACGCCUUGUACUGAAGGGUCUCAGAGCAUGAGUGUGCAUGUGUGCAAUGGGGUAGGGUUGUUAGUCACCUGCUUCCUCCCUCUGCCACUCCCAGAGCUAGCAAGAUUUCCCUAGUAUGCAGACCAGUGGUCGGAUCCUGGUGCAAAGAGGUGACUUGACUCCCUUUCUACAUGAGUCACCUACCCAGGUGUUCUCAGAAAGCUCAGUCUUAAGGGAACACCCAGAGAACUUCCCUAGACAGACUCCUGCCUUCAGGUGCUGAGACACACCUUCCCUCAGUGCUGUGAGGAGCAGGAGCUGAGAAACUGUUAGUCAGUGUAGAAACCCUCCAGUGUUUGGUGUUGUGUAGAAAGUAGGGUAUAGGGAAAAGGAGGCCAAGCCGUCUGUAGUUAGUAGAGAAGAAUGGAUGUGGUUCUUCUUGUGUAUUUAUUUGUAUCAUAAACACUCGGAACAACAAAGUCCAUAAACACCAUUUAGCAGCCAUAGCCAUUUUCUAGUUAGCUCAUGUAAACAAGCAAGGGUAACAUAACAGCAUUACCCUUUCACCAUUUUCACAGGACAUGUACCUAGAUAUGGUACAUAUUUAUGUAGUCACUGUAUUUCUGGAUUUUUAAGUUAAUAAAAAGUCAAUUUAAAAAAAAAACAUUUGCAAGCAUGUCAUGUAAAUGAUUUGCCUCUGGUCAAUUACUGUGUAAUAAAUGAAGGGUGGACCUGGUCAUUUUGUACUCAGCUUGAUAGCUUUCUAUAGCAUAGUGGUAAGAAAUAAGAACUUUGCAGUCAGACUACCUGAAUCUUGAAGCUCAGCUCUGGACUUUGCAGCUCUGCUUAUGAGUCUCCUCAACCAAAAGUGAAGGGAUAGGAAUACUACUGCUUUCUGCCUAUGGUCCUGCAUCGAGGCUUCAUUUAGGCAAUGCACAAAAACUUAUUUGAAGUGGUGCAUUGAGAGUGCUCAUUCUUGACCAUAGAUGUUCAAGGACGUCAUGGCAAAACUGGCAUUGUGCCACAGUGGAUUACGCUGCCACUUGGACUGCUGGGAUCCCAUGUCAGAAUGCCAGUUUGAGUUCCAGCUACUUCAAUUCUGUUCCCAUCCCCUGCUGAUGUACCUGGGAAG